UACUAUUAUCGUGAAAUAGAUCAUCCAUGGAUGUUAAGACGUAUUUUGUUAUAUAAUGAUCCUACGGAUGGAUAUUUUGACGAAGCAGUAUCAUUUUGUCUAAAACCAUUUUAUCCAGUGGAUUAUUUCUAUGCCAACAAUGUGAAAAGUGAGAUCAACAAGUUAAAUCGGAUGAAAUGGAACAAAUUAACG